CGUUGGUCCACAUAGCUGUAAAAUGUAUUUUGAUUGGUUAAAUUUGCUGUAUACGCCAUUUUACCGCCAUUUCUGUUCAAAGCGAUAAUGUCAGAAGGCGACGACACCGGGUCUUCUCCGCAAUCGGGGAAGACCGAAGAGAAAAAAACUGAAGAGAAGAAGAUAGAAGAUAAGAAAAGUGGAGAAAAUUCAGUGACUGUUCCUGAGAAAAAGUCUGCUGUUGAUCUAGCAGAGGCUGUGAGAACAGAAAAUGGACAUGGGGACGAGAAAGACGAUGAAAUAAAAGAAAACAAUGUUGAGUCUCCUAAACCUAAAGUUGAGGAUGUGCCUCAGGAGAACAAAGAGGUGAACAAAGACACCGAAAAAGAACCUCUGAAAACAGAGGAGGUAAAAGUGCCCGAAAGUCACGACGACAUGUUGGAAAGUCCAAAUUCCUCGACAAAAGACGUAUCUGGUGAGGAAAAUGCGACUGUGGAUGAGAAGGAUGCCGACCAGGACCAGAGUAAGUCGGAGAAAUCCGAGGUAGACGGGGAUGCCGAGUCCACUCCGAAACCCAAGCAGGUGGUGAAGAGAAAAAAGCGAGGGCCGACGUACUAUUACGAGGAGGUCAAUGAAGGCGAUGAAGAAGCUUUGGGAUCUGUGGAGCGGACGCCGGUUGUUGAAUCGGGGAAGAGGGAAAGGAAGAAGGUGGAAAGACUUUCCAUGUCUACCACUUUCACACCACCCGAGAAGAAAGUGGUGGAAAUACCAGAAGGAAAAGGGAACAAGCUUGGAGAGAGUGAGGCUAUUGAGGUCGAGUUGAAUCGACACCGUAGCAGCGAUCUGAAAUCUCUGCAUAGAAUACUGUUUGGCGUCACAGGAGUUGCGACGCUAGCAAAGAGAAAUAUCCGUCAGUUUACUGGGUUUGCCUUUGAUAAAAAUGACAAGGAAUAUCAGAAGAAAGUUGAUAUACUGAACAAGAUGUUUCUUCCAGUGUUGAAAGAUAUUUGCAAGGUUCUCUGCAUAGAGAGAUCUGGCACGAAGGAAGCCAUCAUUCAACGGAUUAUGGAUUUCCUCCUCUGUCCUCGGAUUAAAGGCAAAGCUAUAACACCAAAAUCGUCACAACCCAGAAAAAAGCGAGCGACGAGGAAAGAAAUGGAGGAGAGGAGAAAACAGGCUGAGAAGGAGGGCAAGACAAAGUCAGAGGAGAAGAGUAGUGAGGAGGAACAGAGUGAGGAGGAGGAGGAGGAAGAAGAAGAAGAAGAAGAGGAGGAGAAGGAGCCAGAGCCUCCAAAAAAGAAGAAAAAAGUAGAAAAGUCAACACCAAAAAAAGCUGAGAAAAAAGAAGAAAAGUCUACGAAAAAAGUGAAACAAAACGAGAAAGAAGAAAAGACCGAGUCGAAGAAGGAGAUGAAGAAGGAAACUAAAAAGGAAACGAAAAAAGAAAAACCUCAAAAGAAAGAAAAAGCAGAAAAGAAAAAACGUGCUGCUGCUGUUGAUGAUGACAGUUCCGAGGAGGAUGAACCACUCGUCAAGAAGAGGAAGGAAGCACCUGGGAAUGACGAACUGAAAGACUUGAUAAAGAAAAUAUUAGACGGUGCUGAUUUAGAACAAGUGACGAUGAAGACUGUUGUUAAGCAGGUGUAUGCAAAGUAUCCAGAUUUUGACUUGACUGAUAGAAAAGAGUUUAUCAAAAAUACAGUUAAACAGAUAAUUUCCUGAAAAAUUCCAGUGUUUGAUUGAAGCAUCACAUAAUAGGAACAGAACCGACUGACAGAACGGCAAGCCUAAACACCUUGACGUGUUGAACGUGGAAGCAUCAACACCAGAUGUAUUUAACUACAAGUGCACGCAUCUAAAACCACAUGCCAGCCACUUCCUUUAAAUAUCGGGUAAUCGACCGUAAACACCAUUCGGAAAAUUGUAUUAAGGGAAUGUCUUGUGCUACAUUGUAACUUGUGGCUUAGUGGUAAAAUAAACAUUGGUUAUCAUUCCAGUAGAUAGGUCUAGAGAAAUUCUCACACACCACCAGGGCUUGAAAUUAGUCUUGGUGUUGUCCAUUUUUAGAAAUGGUAAUAGUUUUAAUUAUAGUAUAUAUGAUAAGGAUCAUGGAAUAACAAGGGCACAUCAGAUCAGAUGAUUGAAAGAGGGAGCAACAUUGGAUGGCACCUUUGUAUAAAAAAACCCCCAAAAACUGACCUAGUGUUGCAGAUAAAUAUAGUUGUGACAUUGACAAAUAUUUUUGUUGGAUGUCAGCUAUUGGUAUAUUACAAUUUUGCUGAAAUUUACAAUUUUAUUUUUAUGGCAAAUUAAUUUGUAUUAGAUUUAAACAUUUAGAAUAUAAUUUAUAUUUGUAAAAUGAUUUUUAGUAAAUUUAUGCGGAACUUUUUUUUAUUAAACAAAUGUAUGCAUAAUGAAUUUGAGUAUGGCCAUGUUUUUAGAUGCGUGCCUGUUUCGUUGUUAAGAUAAUGCCUAAAACUUGUGGUUGUCUGACAACCUGGACUUGUACAUUUCAUGUAACUCUUCUGUAGUGCUGAUCAGUCUCGGUUCCUUUGGACAGCACACAGUUCAGGAAAAACUUACUUUUAGUACAGGUGGUAUUAAGAUUUUAUAUUACAAGUUAACCUCAAAAAUGCUUCUGUUUUCUAAAACCCAAUUGAUCUAGAAACUAAAAAUGGUUAAUGUCAAUAAUGGGGCUCUACAAACUAAUUAUUUUAAUUUCAUCCGAAUGUAAUGUAUAUACUUUAAAAGGAAAUACUGCUAUGCCAAAGUCUCCCAAUGGUAUUUGUAAAAGCCAUUUUAAAAGAAGGUAAUUUUAUUUUAUGAAAUAUACCAUUUUAGUUGUUUAGGUUUGUGCCUGUUUAAUAAUAUUUCCUGGCAUAUUUUUAUAUUUUGAAAGACAUUUUUUUUAACAAUUAAUAAGAAAUAAAAUGUUGCAUCAGGAAACCCCCCAAAAAGUCUUUGAAAGACAUACUAGACUAUAGUAGACUACGGUACCCAUAUUGGACUUUGCCAACAAUAAAACCAGUAAUUUAUGUAAAAAAAAUUGUUGUAAUUUUAUAAAACCAAGUUUUGUUUGUUUGUCCAAGUCUACAUCUCGUAAGUUUGAAAUAUGUUGGUGCCCUUUGUUCUGGGAAUACAGGUCGAUACUGGUAGCUUUGAACUUCUGACGGGGCCCUGUAGCGUCAGACUCGUCAUUGGAACCCCAUAAAUAACUGGUAGCUUCUAAUUUCAUAGAGUCAUCUCAUACAUCAUUUCACAGUCAUGACAUGUCAUAUGCAUGUAUAUUUUUAGCUUACAUAAGCAUUUUGUGCUUUUUUAAAUGUUGUAAACAUUUUCACCCAUGAUUUUAUGAAUAUCCCUCUUUUAUGAAAUGUGUAAUAUAAAUACAGUGGUAAUAAAACUCUUGAAUGGGA